AUGGCAGCAGUCCUUACGUUUUCCGCCGCAGCAGCGGUGCCUCUGGCACUGCUCUUGGCUAUGUGCUGGACGAGCGCGUCGCUGACGUACGUGCUCGUCGCCAUCACGUCGUGCUUGGCACUGUAUUGGGCAGCGGAGGUGGUGCGGUACCGUCGGAUGCGGGGCAAUCUGCCCGGACCUGGGUGGACAACACCGUUUGGCAUUGGUGCCCUCGUGACCAUGGUGUUGCGCCCGGUGGAGUUCUGGACACAACAGGCGGAGUACAGCCGUAAUGGCUUCAGCGUCAACGCCAUGCUGGGCAGGUUCAUGGUGUUCGUGACGGACGGCAGCCUGUGCAAUCACGUCUUCGGCAACCUGCAGGACUACGUGCUGUUCGCACACCCGAACGCCCGCUUUCUCUUCGGGGCCGAAAACCUAAUCUACAUGGAGCAAGAUGAGCACAAGCGCUUCCGCAAUCUCCUCAUGCCCGGCGUGUACAGCAAAGCUGCACUGGCCUGCUAUCUGGAAUGUCAGGAGAAAGCAUGCCACAGUCACUUGCAGAAGCUGGUCGGCAAGGGAGAAGUAGACGCUCGGCUUAUGCUGAGGCUCAUGAACGCUGAGGCCAGUCAGGAGAGUUUCGUCGGUCCCUACCUGACACCGGACCAGAAGAAGCAAAUAACGGAGGACAUUCUAACGUUCACACUUGGAUUCCUGUCGUUUCCCAUCGCUUUUCCGGGAUCUGGCCUGUGGAAGGCGAUCCGUGCAAGAGAAACAAUUAGAACUCUGCUCACACCGAUAGCCGCUGAGUCAAAGCAGAUCAUGGAGAACGAUGCCAUGCCGGCACAGUGUGUCAUGGACUUCUGGGCCAAAGAGGUUGUAUCUAGACGCACUGAUGGAGAAGAAGACGCCGUAAGCAAUCCCGACAUGGCGUCCACGGUUCUCGACUUCUUCUUCGCCAGCCAAGAUGCGACAACGUCCGCAGUGGUCUGGGCAUUGCAUCUGCUGACCAAGGACCAGCAGGGCGAGCGGGUGCUGGAGAACAUGCGUCAGGCGGUAGGUGCCUUUCUACCGGCGUCGGAGAGGCCACCCAUGUGCGAGGUGGUUGCCCCAGGCACCUACAUACACACGUGUGCUCUGGAGUGCCUUCGAGCACGCCCGCCCGUACCCAUGGUGCCGCAUCUCACCAAACACGAGGUCGUGCUAGACGGAAAGCUUAAGGUACCGGCCGGGAGCAUGGUCAUACCGUCGAUCAGCAUCGCGGCCGAACACGAGCCCUACGCGGGAGUGUUCAAUCCGGAUGACGGCGGCGGCGCCAAGGAUGGACAGUUCAACAGCACGCUCGUGUUUGGCGCCGGCCAGCACAAGUGUCCCGGUCGGAUGUACGCCGUCCAGCUGCUUGCCGUCUUCAUGGCCGUGCUGGCGCGCGAUUUCACCGUCAAGCGGCGCCUUACAGCACAGAGUCACAAUGCCAUAUACCUUCCUACGCUAGUACCUGCGGACAACUGGUAUGUGUUUGACAGCGUGUCCAGAGAAAAAAAUUAA